CUCUAACAUCUUCAAUCUUCUGUCAAGAACCACCGAACCUUCCUGACACAUAAAGCUGCUGUGCUUUGAAGACCCAAACGUUCAAGUUGAAUAGUCCUUUUAUCCUAUUUGCCCGUCAAUUCUUGCCCAAGCUGCCGAUUACCACCGACAAUCUACUCCCCACCAAACCUCAACCAUCCAUCAUGGCGAGCAAGACCGACAAGAUCGACAAGAUCAUUGCGCGCCUGCAGCAGCGCAUCGCCGAGGGCCAAUUCUACGAGGCACAACAGCAGACCCGUGUCGUAGCCGCCAGGUAUAUCAAGGAGUCGAGCUGGGGCCCCGCGACCGACAUUCUUUUCAAUGUUUCCCAGUCGCUUCUCAAGGCCGGUCAGGGCGGCAGCGGUGGCGAUCUGGCCACUCUGCUCGUUGACGUCUACAAACAAGCCGAGCUCAAGCCGGACUCGGCCAACAAGGGAAAGCUUUUGACUCUGUUGAGGUUGUUUGCCCCUGGGGAGCCUACCAAGAAGAAAUUUGUCACUGAGAUGAUUGGCUGGUCAUCCAAGUUCGGAGAGUACCCCGCGGGCGACCCGGAACUGCACCACGUGGCAGGCUCACUAUACGCUGAAGAGCACGAGACGUCCGAGGCGGAAAGGCACUUGAUCCUCGGCACCAAGGACUCGGCCGAGGCUCUUGCACGCAUGGAAUACUCGUGGUACAAGGAGGACGACUCGCACACGGCACCCCUCUACGCCGCGCGCGCCGUCCUCCCCUACCUCCUCGUCGGCAACGUCCGCGCCGCCAACGCCUGCUAUCGGUCGUUCGCGAGCGCCCUGAGCGCCGACAACCAGGGCAUGGGCGUGCAGGACGUCAGCACCAACAGCGCGGACCUGCGCGUCUUCCCUAGCCUGCCUCUGCUCAACUUCCUCGGCAUGUUGCUGUUGGCCAUACAAAAGGGCAACCCGGACGCCUUUAGGAAGCUCACGAUGAAGUACGGCCCGCAGAUAGCCGAGGCGGCUCCGGCGUGGCAGGAAAGCCUAGAGAGCAUCGCCGAGAUGUACUUUGGUAUCGCCAGGCCUAGGCAGAGCAACCCGCUGAUGGACAUGAUGGGAAGCCUGUUUGGAGGUGCCGGCGGCGCUGGUGGUGCUGCGUCAAGGAAGCCGCCCGCGAGGCGGGUGGAGGCACCGGCUGCAGAGGGAUUAGACUAGAGGGGUUUUAUAUUCGCAGAAAAAGCGCUGACGCUGUUGCUUGAUUGUAGUUUAUACCCAUUCAUGACGAUGCUCAAAAAGAGAUGCUAGACGACUGAUAAUUUCUGCCCGUGAGAAAAAGAGCUCAUUGGCGUCUUGGUAGUAAAUCCUCCUUUUCAAACAUCCAGUUAUCCUCAGACAAUGCAGCUACCUUGGCUCUCAAACUU